AUGUCUAUAUCCCUCGCGAUUACUACACCCAGCGUCCUCGUGGCUUCUGUUUUGUCGAGUUUAACAAGUACGAUGAUGCCAAGGCAGCUCUUGAAAAAACAGAUGGGACCGAGCUCCAAGGCAGCACGCUUAAAAUUGUUUUUGCUCGCGAAGGCCGGAAAGGAGUAAUUGUAAUGUAGCCUGAUGAAAUGAGGCGAAGAGAUAGAUGGAGAAGAAGAAGGUCCAGCUCCCCAAGGUACCGGAGAAGAUCUAGAAGGUAAAUUGCACAUAGCCGCACUCCUCCAAGGCACAGCAGGAGAGACAGAUCAGAGUCAAGUUCAAGGUAAUUCAAAUAUACAAGUUUUUAAGAGCACAUUCUAA